CCACCGGCAUGGAGGCGCCGCUGAGCAGUCCUGCGGGGCUCUCCGCCAUCCUGGCGAAGACGGACUGGUCCGAGCCGUGGCUGGUGGGGCUGGCGGUUUUCCACGUCCUCUGCUUCUUUCUGACGUGCAUCUCUUUGCAGCACUACCGGGUGCAAGUAGGGCACUUCCUCUGCAUGGUGGUCUUAGUGUACUGUGCUGAAUAUAUAAAUGAAUUAGCAGCCAUGAAUUGGAGGCUGUUUUCUAAAUACCAAUACUUUGAUUCAAGAGGAAUGUUUAUUUCACUGGUAUUUUCAGCACCACUGCUGGUGAACACUAUUAUAAUUGUGGUCACCUGGGUUUACAGAACUUUGAAUGUAAUGACUGAGCUGAAGACACUACAGCAGAGAAUGAAAGCAAAAAAAGAGAAAAUUAAGUGAAAACACCUAUCGCUGUCUUUUUAAAAUUUUAAUUGUACUUAUCCAUGUAAUCAGUCCUUCUGUAUUUUUAUACAGAAACAGCAGUGGUUUUGUGCCUGAUGCCUUUGCAGUCUGUGACUAUAGACAAUGAGAUGAAAGUGGGUAUCUACGAUACUUUUCAAAUUAAGAAACUCAGUCUUAACAGGCCAUAAGGUAACUUUCCACCAUGACCAAGGCUGUUGGUGUCACUGAGACAUAAUCUUGAAGUCUGUUUCCAUUUGCCCAUCUAUUUGUUAACCAUGUCUUAACUGUGUGUUUAUCAAGUGCCCAGCCUUUUGCUGCUUAAUUGAGGCAGUGUUGUCAAUUCCAGUAAAUGAGGGAUUGUAUGCAGAGCACCUCAGGAAUCCAUGCUUCUAUGAAGCAUUUCACGUCUUUAUAAAUUGUUUCAUAGUUUCUGUGUGUAUUGUUUGCCAGUAGCAUUUCUAAAAUAAAAUUAUCCAAUG